GACGGAGAGACGGGAGACGUGUGGGGACUGGAAGCUUUUUUCGCCGGUGGGCACCGUUGCACUGCUUCAUUUUCCAGCGGUUCCUUUCUGGGUUUUCUUUCCUACCGAAAGAUCGCUUCGUUCCCACGGCAUAUUCAUUUUUUUGCUACUUUACUCUUUAUCAUUUUCCCUACCCCCUCGUUAAUUUUAGCAGAUUACAUUUAGAAAGAAAAUAGAUGCCGGAGGAGGGGAUUAGCGUUAUUAAUAUGCUUUGGGUAAUGCUAUUCUCUGGGUUCUUUUCAGCAGCAAUGGCGAUGAUUGUUCUAUCUCCUUCGUUCCAGUUAUUUCCACCAGCUGAAGCCAUUAGGUCCUCUCAACUCGAUAGCUAUCUCCGGAUACCUUCAGAGCAGCCCUUACUAAAAGACCGGUUCUCUUUUCGAAAAGCUUCGCAAUUCCGCAAUGCCGAGAAAUGCCUCUCCGCCGGUCACAACAUCACCGACGUUUGUGAUCCUUCUUUAGUCCACGUGGCUAUAACUCUUGAUGUCGACUACCUGCGUGGCUCAAUUGCCGCCGUUCACUCCAUUCUCAAGCAUUCGUUGUGUCCGGAGAACGCCUUCUUCCAUUUCCUCGUCACCGACACCAAUCUGGAAACUCUAGUUCGCUCCACGUUUCCUCAAUUGAAGUUCAAGGUAUAUUAUUUUGACUCCGAGAUUGUGCGGAACCUGAUAUCGACUUCCGUUAGGCAAGCCCUCGAACAGCCGUUGAAUUAUGCGAGGAAUUACUUAGCGAAUCUGCUUGAGCCGUGCGUAAAAAGAGUGAUUUAUUUGGACUCCGAUCUAGUCGUCGUCGACGACAUCACCAAACUCUGGAGCGCCAACCUUGGUUCACGAAUAAUCGGCGCGCCGGAAUAUUGCCACGCCAACUUCACAAAAUAUUUCACCGCCGGUUUCUGGUCGGACGAACGGUUUUACGGGACAUUCAUGGGGCGGAAUCCGUGCUAUUUUAACACGGGGGUGAUGGUGAUCGAUCUGGUGAAAUGGAGGAGGGUCGGAUACACGAAGCGGAUCGAACGGUGGAUGGAAAUCCAGAAAACCCGACGGAUCUACGAGCUGGGUUCGUUGCCGCCGUUCCUGUUAGUUUUUGCGGGACGUGUGGCGCCCAUAGAGCAUAGAUGGAACCAACACGGCUUGGGUGGGGACAACGUGAGGGGAAGUUGUCGAGACUUGCAUCCCGGUCCGGUUAGUCUCUUACAUUGGUCCGGUAAAGGUAAACCAUGGGAUAGACUCGACUCGAGACGACCGUGCCCGCUCGAUGCAUUAUGGGCGCCUUACGACUUGUACGGACACGCACAUUGAAACACCGCGAGAAGC